CCACGCACGACGGAGCGCAGCGGGUUGGGUUCUCUUUGUAACGAAGCGGUGCCAUGAGGAGCUUCAACAUCGCACGUGUUGCAAGAAAAAAGGAAGGACACGACUAAGCAUGUACAAAAACUAGUUCUGGCCGUCGAUCCCGGUUCGUUGUACAUUUUUACCCAUUCCCCUGCGGCUCUUGCGCCCUUUCACCAUUCAUUGCCCAAAAUGAGAUGCAUAUGUCGUCGUGUUUGUUCUCUCUGGUCCGUCCUUACCUUGCUCUCCACCAGCUUUCUGGUUUGGUGGACGGUCGUGGUCGACGAUCCUGACGACGGAAAAAACGUGGCGUUCGUGCCUGUAUUUAUCCACAGAAGUAGCGACGAGUACAUAUCUACUGGCGCGCGAUCGGAUGGGCGAGGAGGAGAAGGGGCGGAAAGCGUCGACGAGGAGAGUGACAAGCAGCAGGAGCGCUUCGUGCUGCUUCGCAAGUUCCACCAAUCCAGCUCUUUUUUCGGCGGUCAUAUUAGCCAGAAAGCCUUAUCUGACGCAGCAGACGACAACAAUACCGAGGCAACCACCGCUGGCGCGAUGGUGUUCGCGGAAAAUGGUGACGCAGCAGCUGAGCAAUAUUCUGUUGAGGAAACGGAACCAGGGUUGUCAUCGGGUUCAAGCUCAUCAAGAACUGACGAGGUGGACGCAGGCCAUAAUCAGCGCUACGAUAAAAAUAUGCUGGACUCCGCCGCGGCGCUUGUUUCUAGCCAUCGUGUGCGUUCCGCACGGUCGACUUUUCGAUCUGCGACUUCUUUCAUAGCGGGCGGCGCAUCGUCUACACCUGCGGACAUACCAGAAUCUAAACUGCGUCCCUGGAUCAAAACGUUUAGACCAGACGAGGAAACGUUUAGGAAUAUCUCUAAACUUCUAAACUUGAGUACCUGUAGGUAG